GUGAUGAAGAAGGGCAAUCUAACGGGGAAGUCCCAACGGGAAGGCCAUGGCUGUGAGCCGACUGGUGACGCUAGUGGCGUUAGAAACAAAAUGUUAGAACAAUGAUCUGUGUUCUCUAUAGUUUGCGGCUGUGCGUCAUAAAUGGAGAAAUGCUACUGUCGACCCAUCUUGAUAUUGUUAAUAGUAAAUAGAAAUAAUAACACUGUAGUGUGGAGAUUAAUUGAUUGUGUGUUUCCUUAUGGAUUUUGAUAAAUAUUUUUAAAAUUGGAUAUUUGUGCACUGGGUUAACGAUUAGGGAUAAAUAACGCUAGUUGAAUCAGUGUCAACUGCAGUAUGUCAAACCACAAUCCUGCUCGCAGAGCUUAUGAUCCGGACGCCAUUUUUUAGUUGGCGCCUAUUACCACCAACCACCGAUCGCCUGUCUUUUAACUAUAAUAGUUCGACUAGCAGGGGGUGUGUAACGCAUUAAAUAUAAGGAAAAAAAUAAUAAAGGAAGAAGAAAGAUCGUGUGCGCGCAGCGCGGGGCGGUGAUAAGAACCAAUUUGCUUUCGAAACGUAGCAAAAGCCUAUAGAGUGUGGGGGAAAAACCAGAGCUAAACAAAACACUCUCUAUAUAGAGGAGGAUAACCGUUGAUAUAGCGACAGCCUGGAACACAAAGUGCUAAGUUCUCUGCCAUAAACGCGACCAAUACCUCGGCAGAGCCAAUGUUCUAACUACUAGAAUGGUAGCAAGAGGAAGAUGAGGUUUACGACGGGGCAAGAGCCAGGGGACCGGGCAGAACUCGGGCACAACCAACUCCCCGACAACUUGGACGAGAGUAUGAUGGCUGCCGCUGAAUGCAAGGAGCCAACUGAUGCCGGCUGCAUUGAGGAGGGUUCUAUGAUUUCAAAUCUUCCACUCCUUUUUGCGGAUGGGUAUCUAACUUCCCUGGAAAAAAUCACCCUGCCUCAACUGGAACGUUUCAUAACAUUUAUGGUGCAAUGCUCGUUCGGGCACGAUACCGCAAAGGUGAUUGGCGAACCGCAAUGGUGGCCUAAGGAGAUCAAAUUCACAAAUCCCUUUGUACGGCCUCGGAAGAUAAACGAGAGCUGGAUGGGGAACCUGAAGAAGCUGGUAUUUCGUUGCUAUACAUAUCACCGCAGCGAAUAUUUGCUCAGGUUUUGUUCCCACCUCGCUCAACACCCGAGAGAUAAGCUGGAAUAUGUGGAUAAUUGGGACUCAACUACGAGCCUUUUCCACAAAAGCACUGGAAAGCUUCUCGUCACAUUCCGGAAUGAAAAUAUGAAUUACGAUAAGAAAAUUGAAAGCCCGCGAAGAUUGCUGCUUCCAAGGAAUAGCGGAGUUUCUGGACCAGCCAGCAAAACGAAACAGCAGCUACAGACUGUGGUUCAGCCAGUUCUGUGCGAUGACAUAUAUCUCUGCGAUAACUGUGACGCUGAGUUCGAUGGGUUCAAGAAAAUGAAGGAACAUGAAAAAUUGUGCUGCGAUCAGGAACAGAGCAGCGGCAAUUCACGGCCUGUUACGCCGGAGAUAUCGGCAGGACCACAAAUGGUGCAAAACCAGUUUCUGGAGUAUUUCGCGUUAUCGUCAAACGACUCGAAACGUUUACCGAAAAAAUCCUGCACGGAAUCGACCACAAAAACGGAGGCGGUUCGAAGCUCUAGACGGAUAAGGGGAUCGGUAAACCUGGCACGAUGCCCGACGAUUCCGUUCUCCUCCCCUGCCGGUAUAGCGAUGGCUAAAAAAUCUCGUACCAUGACAGAAGUAACGCAACAAGAAAGACUUGAAAGGAUAGAGCGAUACUUGAUCGCUCCACCGCUUAGCAACGGUUCUCGACCGAGAUGGUUAGACAGAAUAACGGACACUAGCCGAUGGAUCGUAUCGCAUAAAGCGAAUCGUGACAAGCCUCCUCAAGACGACUACGUACACGAGUACAAGUUCAAUUCUUUGAGGGGCAAGCCCAUAUUAAGCAUUCGAUCGCAGAUACUCUGCGUCGCAUGUCGCAAGGCUAUCGUACCCAUAACUUUACUAACGCCUCGACAGAUCGACGAGUUGAAAAAUAACCUUGACAAAUACCAGCUCCCAAAACAGCGCGUUCGACAAAUACGGGGCGGUGGACCACGUCCCGCACCCAAAUCGAAACGGCGUCGUUCCUUCUCUUCCUCCCUGCCCGCCAAGCGUAAACAUGCGGGUGAUGAAAACGACUUCAUCGUCAUCGACGACGAUGAGUUAGCAACAGUGACGCCCAUUACACGGGUGCUAGAAACUCAGGAUUCAACCGAGCCCGCGAGAUCACCGGAAGCUAAGAAGCUCAGGAGCAGUUUCCAGCAUGAGAAGGAGAGCCUUGAAACGAAUUUGAGUCGUUUAUCGACAAUUCGAAACCCUGAGCUCAGAAGGGAGCGAGAAAAAUCAUCGACCGUAGAGAAAAUGGUAGCAGUUAUCGACCUCUGCUCCUCGGACGAAGAGGAUAAUUCGAACGGAGUUGGUAAUACGUGCGAUGAAAACAGAGAUCCAAUGCAGUCGGAGAAUCGAAAUGUUACACCGACCUUUCUUACAAACUUUAUACCUAGGCAACUUCGCAUUGGUCCAUGCGUUUACACGACUGAUUCAACAAGCGAUUGGCUGAAGAGGAUAUCCGAGCCUUGUUCCGGCCUUUUAGAAUAACUACAACGAUCGUAAGGAAGACAAGACGCCUUUCGACUAAGUAAAUAGCUUAAGGAGACAUAAGAAGCUGAUUAUAUGUCCGUUUAUGGUUUUGAAGCGCGACGAAAAUCGAGAUAUUGUGUCAGCUCUGUUCGUAAGGAGUGAAAAAAAAUUGCAAUUUUUUCGACGCUUUUUCGAGUCACAGAGAUUUUAGAAUUUACCGCCCGACGAUAGUCUGAUAAGUGUUAUAAAAAUAUUUAAAUUUUGUUUUGAAAUAUGCGAAGCGAUACUUUUACGUUUAUAUUUUUAGAUAAAUGUUACUAAUUACAACGUAGACCGAUAAUGUGGAGAAAAGCCGAUUCGAUCGAAAUGAAUUUUAUAAAAUUUAAAAUAUAUUUUGCCCCUAGAUGUAUUUAUUUUAAUUAUUGUUAAUUUGGUUUUUUUUUUGUUUUUUUAUACGCGAAAGAUAUAUUUUCUUGUCAUUGCGAUGAGACAGCCGAUUUCUCUUACAUUAUCUAUGGUCUUAGUUGGACCUGAACAUAGUAGCUAAUUUUAAUACAACAGAAAUC